AGUACUUGUACGUACUCCGUACUCAACUCACCACAAAGUGCAACUUCGCGUGCUGGUUGCGUGGUGCAUCUGUCAUCUAGCUUCAUUGUUCCCCGUCCACCAUCUCGUCAAAUUGUGUCACUAUUCCAGGCAAUGACCGAUAGACCAGCCGCUCGCCACGCUGCUGCCAGUACGAGUGCCGUGCCGCUCUCCUUGGAAAUGUUCCCGAAUGUCUCUGAUGGCGACCACCACACGCAUCCACGCUCCACGACCACCGCCAGUCCACAAGCACACAACCACGCAUCAAGACUUAGUUACGACACACACCCCCUCCCUCUUGCCCUUGAACCUUGAACCUUCCCACCUGCGACCCCUGGAUAGCGUGAGUCCGUCUCCUUCUGAAGGAGGGGGAAGCUAGCCGUAUCCCGUCGAACUUCGUCGACCUUUACGCCCCAUUGGCACGCUGUGCCCGUCUUUUUCGGCUUCUCUCUGUCUCGCUGGAAUGUCUGGCUGGAGUCUGGACCCCUGUGCUAUGAAAAUCUCAACCCGAGCAUGGCAUUGGGAACAGCCGACAGCAUCGAUGCCCCCAGAGAUCCCCUGCCCAAGCCGCUGGGCCCGCAUCUGCGCCUUCUUGGUAUAAACGCCGGCGUCCCGUUCGGAGUCCUCACUUCUGCGCUGGACGCGCUUCAGAUUCGCCCUGCUGUUGCAUUGUUGGUGUGCGACCCAGACACUCACACGCCGCAAGUCAAGUCAAAUCCUGUCAGCAGCAGCAACAGCAGACCCGUACGGAUACUUCGUAAUACCUACCUUACUCUCGGAAACUGAGUGUGAGACUGAGUGUUGGAAACCCACCCCUGCCCUGCCACCCUUUCCACUCUCCCACAGCUCGACCUGCAGAAACUGGAGAAGAGAGAGAUACCGGUAGCAACAGGCCCUCACCUGAGACCUGAUCUGGAGCACAGGAAUCGGCACAUCAGAGACAGGAGAAAAGCACAUACGGAUACCGGUACCUUACACAGAAUCUGCGAGGGGUGAACAAUCGAGACAACUGUUUGUUGCUGUCUCCUGCUUGGCCAAGUUCUCGCCCGAUCCCGCUCGCUCGCUCGCUCCGCCGAACCGAACCAGAGCAUUGCUGCCGUUAAGAUGAGCAUUCAAUAUCGGCGUCUGGACCCUUCGAGGCGUGAGAUCCGCCUGCUUGAGAUCCAGUCCGCGCGCAGCCUCAGCGAUCCAGUCGAGUGUCGGCUCAUCACAGUUCGCCUGACCGAUGAGCUGUCCCGCGAGUACAUCGCCCUCUCGUCACUUUAUGGCGACGCGGCCGAGACCGAAAAGAUCUUCGUGGGCAGUCACGCCGUCACUAUCACGGCUCAUCUGGCCCAGGCACUGAAGCAGGUCCGCGCCGUCUUCUAUCCGACUAUCUCGCAGCGCUUCCAAAGGACGCCGGCCAGGCGGCCUCACGGCGCCCCGCGAUGGCUUAGGCAGCUCUUUGGUCUCUCUAGCUCACGUCAGAGUGACUUGGAGUCGAGGUGUUUGAGGGUGUGGUGCGACUUCCUCUGCGUCAACCAACGCGACGAUGUCGAAAAGUCCAAGCAGCACACGGACAUGCGUAACAUCUACCGCAACGCGGAGCUUGUCGUCGGGUGGCUGGGCGACAAGACGGACUACACCGAUGAGGCCAUGGCCGCUCUCGCGCGGAUCGAGGACGCCAUCCCGCCCCACUGGGGCGACCCCGGCGACCGCGAAAAGCACCCCGAAGACUACGCGCCAACUCACAAGUGGGCGGUCCCCAUUGCGUCUCUAUGGGCUCCUGGUCCCAACGGCGAGAUUCCGUUCAUGAUGCCGCACUGGGCCGGUGCCAACGACUUCAUGGGCCGUUCCUACUUUCAACGUCGCUGGAUCCUUGAAGAGCUCGCCAUGGCAAGGUUCCCUACCUUUUUGAUUGGAGACACUAUUGUCCCGUGGAAGCAGGUACUCCGCCUGAACCGCAUGAUGGAGGAAUUUAAGUAUCAUCCGUCCGACAUCUUCCCCGCGAACCUAUCGGCCAUGAUAGCCGAGUUGCCUCUUGAGACAGCGCACAAGCUUCUUGAUGAGUUUGCAAAGCGAGAGGCGCUAGAGGAGGCCCAGAUCCUCAAGGAGACGGGAAGCAGCAGGGCGACCUCGUCCACGCGAUCCACCGACACCAAGUAAUUGGCGUGACGUGCGUGCCAUCGUUACUGGCGUUGUUCGGGGUUCUGAUCCAGAUUUGAGUAGGAUCCCGGCGAGAGAGGCAAGGUAGCAGGCGGGUAUGGGAUGGUCAAGUGCUUAUCACUCACCUCAGUGACCUCACUUGUAGCAGGCAGGAGUUGUAGACCAGCCUGGAAUGCUGCCAAGCCAUGUCCGAAGGGAGGCUUAUGGUUUGAGGGGUAAUGGGAGGGGAAUUCCACGGAAGGAGGGCUUAGCGUUGUAACGAGGAUACCCAAAAGUUCCUUCUAGCUUCAUUUUAGCAGGAUCUUUGAACUUAUUUCUUUUCUUUCUUCUGUUCUGCUUGUGGCCGUUUUGCUCCUUUUCUUCCCGCAAACACAUGCGCGCACACGAGACGAAAAAAACGUACGGUUCCGUCGUGAUAUAAAUACCAAGAGCCGCCUUCCCAUAAAGUGUCCGGAAUGCGCGGGUACGCUUGCCAUGUGGUAUUGAAGAAUUUCGGACGAAACGGGACGAAACGGGUCAGACUGGAGCGUUUUCCGAUGCUUCGGCAUAAUACACACCCAUCGCAUCACAUCACAUCAACC